AUGUACACCACUCCCCACAUCUUAACCUCCUGCCUAAUUAUUAUUUUUAUUAUUCUUGUUUUUCCUCUUCUAACAACCCUUAACCCCUCGCCCCGAGACACGAACUGACCCCUUUCACAAGUUAAAACAGCAGUAAAAACCGCUUUCUUUAUUAGCCUUGUCCCCCUAUGUCUCUUUCUAGACGAAGGGGCAGAGACAAUCAUUACCAGCUGAACAUGAAUAAAUACCCUGACAUUUGAUGUGAACAUUAGUUUUAAGUUUGAUAUAUACUCCAUCAUCUUUACUCCAGUUGCCCUGUAUGUCACAUGAUCCAUCCUCGAAUUUACAUCUUGGUACAUGCACACAGAUCCUUUCAUUAACCGAUUCUUUAAGUACCUCCUAACCUUCCUAAUCACAAUAAUUAUUCUAGUGACCGCAAACAACCUAUUUCAAUUAUUUAUCGGCUGAGAAGGAGUAGGAAUUAUGUCCUUCCUCCUUAUUAGCUGAUGAUACGGGCGAGCCGACGCAAACACCGCGGCCCUCCAGGCCGUCAUCUACAACCGAAUUGGAGAUAUUGGACUAAUCUUCGCAAUAGCAUGAAUAGCCAUAAAUCUAAACUCCUGAGAAAUACAACAAAUAUUCUUAGCCUCUGAAGGCCUCGACCUUACUCUUCCCCUCAUCGGCCUAAUUAUUGCUGCUACUGGCAAAUCUGCCCAAUUCGGCCUUCACCCCUGACUUCCCGCCGCUAUGGAGGGCCCCACCCCUGUUUCCGCCCUACUUCACUCCAGCACAAUGGUAGUUGCAGGCAUCUUUUUAUUAGUCCGAAUAAGCCCCUUAAUGGAAAAUAACCCUGUUGCCCUAACUAUCUGUUUAUGUCUAGGGGCCUUAACUACCCUUUUCACCGCCACUUGUGCCCUUACCCAAAAUGAUAUUAAAAAGAUUGUUGCUUUCUCAACAUCAAGCCAACUAGGACUAAUAAUAGUUGCCAUCGGCCUUAAUCAGCCCCAACUAGCCUUUCUCCACAUCUGCACUCACGCCUUCUUUAAAGCCAUGCUCUUCCUAUGCUCCGGCUCAAUCAUUCACCACCUCUGAGACCAACAAGACAUCCGAAUAAUGGGCGGAGCCCGGUUUUUAUGCCCCGUCACAACAACUUGCCUGGGUAUUGGCAGCUUGGCUCUUACAGGCACCCCUUUCUUAGCAGGCUUCUUUUCUAAAGACGCCAUCCUUGAAGCCCUUUCUAACUCUCACCUUAACGCCUGAGCCCUUAUUUUAACCCUCAUUGCCACUAUAUUUACCGCCGUUUACAGUCUACGCCUAAUCAUCUUCGUAGCCCUAGGAAACCCACGAACCCCUCGAUCCAUCUUUCAAAUAAACGAAACUGACCCUGCUAUCACUAAUCCAAUCAAACGCCUUGCCUGAGGAAGCAUCCUCGCUGGACUAUUGAUUACCUCAAAUAUUACUCCCCUAAAAACACCAGAAAUAACUAUACCAGAUGAAGUAAAAACAGCUGCCCUAGCCGUUACCCUGCUAGGCUUCUUAUUAGCCCUCGACCUAGGAAAUUUAACUGGUCAAGAACUAAAACCAGCUACUAAACGCCCAGCUCACCUCUUCUCAAACUUACUAGGAUUUUUUCCUCCUAUUAUCCACCGCCUCUCCCCGAAACUCACCUUAGGCUUCGGCCAACUUAUUGCCUCCCAAAUAACAGACCAGACCUGGUUGGAAAAAGCAGGACCAAAGGCAAUGGCCUCCGUCAACGCCCCCUUAAUUACAACUACAAGUAACACCCAACGAGGACUAGUUAAAACAUACCUCACUCUAUUUUUUAUGACCCUCGCCCUUUCAGCCCUCCUAACCACCCUUUAG